AUGAUUGCGAGUGGGAUCACCCACCGCAUCACUCAAAAGAUCAGUGAUCUCCAGUCCUUGUACAACACUGCUCGCGACUGGAAGAGGAACACUGGGGCAGGAAUUCUUGAAAGUGAUGCAGUCAAUGGUGUCAAGACUGUCGAGGAUCAAGUGCACUUCUUAUGUCGAUACUGGGACAUUCUUGAUCCAGUUAUGGGAUCAAGGUCGGUAGCCGAACCACUUUAUACUCGAUCAUCUGUUCCCGACCCAGAAGGCCAAAUGGACAACCCAACUGGCGACUCCAUAGGCAACGAGAAUUCAAACCUCCUGAGCAGCGGUCGAGACGCUCAAUCUGACGAUGACGAGGCCGAGAUUACAACUACUCAAGCACCAGCUUCUGCUCCUGCUCCUACGGCCUCAACUGCACCAGUACAAACUCAAAAGAAAACAAAGAAAAGGAAGAAAUCAGUCGGUCGCUCAAGCACGAAGAACAGAAAGGGGCGAAAGAAGGCAAAUCCCGAAGAAUUUUACAUGAAAUCAGUGAUAGUGAAGAGGCAGGCAGAAAUGACUAAAGCCCGAGCUGAAGUGUCAAAGGCCAAAGUGAGCUACAUGAAGGAGUUGAGAGAGCUUGGGCUUGAAUAUUCAGAAAUCAAAAAGGCAGUCGAUGAAGAGUUAGACGUGCCGGCUAGAUGUGACGGCCAAUGGUCUGAGAUUGACUCUGCUGAUCUCGUACCUGGUGAUAUUGUCGCUUCCAAGAUUGGAGACGUUGUGCCCUCGGAUCGUCGUGUGUACAAUACCAUCAACAUUCCGAUUGACCAAGCUGAAGGCCAUGCUCCCAGCUUUGUGGACUAUUGCUCAGAGGGCGCUACCACCGGUAGCAAACUGUUUGCCUUUGCUGUUUGA